AUGAGCCAAAGCGCUUUUUACAACACGCCUCUUACUAUCGUUGCUGUUAGUGGAAACAUGGAGAUUGCUGAAGCCUUAGUCGCCAAGAACCCUAAACUGCUAGAGAUUCCUGGAAACAAUGGAGAGAUUCCAGUUGUGGUUGCGGUUGAGAACACGCAGAUGGAGAUGGCUCGCUAUCUUUACAACAGAACUCCGGUUGAGGUGUUACUUGACAAAGACGGGUUUCACGGUAUCUUGCUAUUUCUCAAUGCCAUCUACUAUAAAAAGCUCGACAUGGCCUUGGAUCUGUUCAACAAAAGCAGACGCUUAGCCGUCACAAAACACUUGCAAAUCGAUUCGGUUCCCAUCAUUGUGUUGGCUUCAAAGCCAGAUAUUUUCCCCGGUGGCUGCUAUCUCGGACCAUUGAAACGCUUCAUCUACUCUUGUAUACAAAUAAAGCAGCCAACUUUUCCAAAGCCUUCUCGUUCAAACAAAGGUCAUCAGACAGAUACCCUAAUGGGGAAACUGCUCAAAUGUAUCUCCAAAUGGAUCGGGAUAGAUGAAGUGUACCGACUUAAGGUCACGCAUCUACAAGCCAAGAAACUUUUACGUGGAAUAUCAGAAGAAACAUUGGCCUUGGGCUUGAAGGAACGUUCUGAGUCAGUGGAUGAGGCUUUACUCUUUGCAGUAAGAUAUGGGAAUGUAGAUUUCUUGGUUGAGAUGAUCAAGAACAACUCCGAGCUUCUAUGGUCCACGGGAACUAGUACUCUGUUUAACACUGCCGUCGAGGUAAGACAAGAGAAGGUGUAUAGUCUCCUCUACGGUCUGGGCGACAGGAAGUACUUGUUUCUCGCCGACAAGAACAGUGACGGGAAUAGUGUGCUUCAUCUCGCUGGCUAUCCUCCUCCUAAUUACAAGCUCGCUACGGUCGUGAGCGCAACGUUGCAGAUGCAACGCGAGUUACAAUGGUUUAAGGAGAUGGAGAGAAUCGUACCGGCGAUCGAAAAGGAGAGAGUAAACACAGAAGAUCUAACACCGAUAGAGAUAUUCAGAAAGGAGCACGAAGCAAUGCGACUAGAAGCUGAGAAGUGGAUGAAAGAUACGGCUAUGUCUUGCAGCUUUGUAGCGGCUCUCAUCGUCACGGUCACCUUCGCGGCAAUAUUCACUGUCCCCGGUGGCACGGACGACAAUUCACGCGGUAGACCCUUUCACCAACAUGAACCAAAAUUCGUCAUAUUCAUCGUAUCCGAUCUGAUCUCCUGCUUCGCCUCAUGCACCUCCGUCCUCAUCUUCCUCGGGAUACUCACCGCGAGAUAUGCAUUUGACGAUUUCUUGUUCUCUUUGCCUGCGAAAAUGAUCGCUGGACUUUCGACAUUGUUUGUCUCGAUAGCGGCGAUGCUUGUGGCAUUCUCGUCGUCCCUAUUCACGAUCUUUAACGUCCCUUGGAUCGUUGCUCCGACGAUCUUCCUCGCUUGUUUCCCGGCGCUGUUGUUUGUUCGGAUUCAGUAUCCUCUCCUCAAGGAGCUCAUCUUCUCCACUUACGGCAAAAAAAUCUUCGACCGAAAGAUGAAAUCUUUGUUUUAACAUAAAGUGUGUGUGUGUUUGCUUAAAGUGUACGUGUUUUAAAUCAUUUUUUGGGUCAAUUUGAAAAUUAAGCCCCUCAUGAAACGAGCAAUUAAAUGCUAUUGUGCGAGAGUUCACUUUUCCUUUCUUUCCCAUUUGGCCA